AUAAACGUUAUAUUUUAAUGGAUCCUUACAAUUUCACAAAUCUAGUGAGUACGAGUAAAUGUUUGGAAAUUAAUCAAAUUCAAGAACCAUAUAUAAUUCAAUUAGAUAAAAUAAUUUAUACAAUUAAUGGAGAAGUUUUAACUAUUAAAGAUUUGGUGGAAGAACAAAAACAGAAUUACAACUCCAUCUGA